ACGACCCGGUCUAAUCAUUCAAGACAACACACACUUGACCUAGUAACUUUGGUCGACGCGUCCGUACACUUCACUCUACAACCUAUAAUUUAUAAACUGCGCACCACCCGACUCAGUCAGUGAUUCGCGUGUCAUUGUGUACAACAUGGGGCAUCCGCACGCACACGCACAUCUAGUGCAACGACAGCGCAAUCGCGAUGAAGAGGAGGACAAUGGUGCAGUCGCCACCGUCAUCUCCGUACAGAUUGUGACAAUGCCGAACACGUACACUGGAAAGGUUGUGUGGGUCACCCAGUCAGAUGAAGUGCCCAAGACGCUACUCGCGCCUGCUACACGAGAGCGCGAGACAAGUACAGCAGAUGAGGAUCAGCCUGAAGCGACUACCAGACGAACUGCGAAUACCAAAUCAACUGUUACCUCGAAAAGGCCCUCUUCAACGGCCAGAUCAGAGGCAGAGGAGACGAAAAUGACAAAAGCGGUGUCAACUCUAGUAGUUGCAACCAAGUCUCCUACAGUCCAUCCUGCGUCAACGGUCGUGGGCCUUGUAUCUGUAACAGCAUCAGCUACGAUAUCGUCUACUCCCACCGCUGAGGCCUCAGCAGGCGGCAUGUCUGGAGGCGCCAAAGCUGGUCUUGCACUGGGUAUCCUGUUUGGAGUCGGUGCCCUCUUGGUUGGCAUAUUGUUCCUCUACGGCCGCAAGAAGAAGCAGAUGGCUGGAGACAAGAACAAUGAGAAGACUGGCGUGCACAAUGCGCCCCCUCCUCCACCACAAGCCGGAGCUGUUCCUAGCUCGCAAACUCAGCGCAACCUGACUACCGCACCGCGUUUGAGCUUGAGACCACUCACCGGCUUCUCAUCGACCUGGAGCGACAACCGCAAGAGUGGAGGAAACUUGCUUGCCGUUGCCGCUGCCGCGCCCGAACCUGGGCGCCCCACCAGUGCUUGGGAGCGACCUGGGGCAACGAAUGCUACUACUGCUCCUGCCACCCCUGUUGCUCCUGUCAAUCCAUUCAACGAUGCUCAGGCUCUUCCUAACAGCCCUCCCAACAACCCUUUCACUAAUGAUGCUGCGGUCGACGCUGCACAGGUUUCUACUCCUGGCUCGCCUCUCAACACUCCUCUGUUGCGUUCAACGGCACCGAGCGCUAACUUGGCCAAUCCUGCUCCAGUCAUCGCUACUGCUAACGUCAACGCUACACCAACGCCAUUACCAACCAACAUAUUCCCUGCACCGCCCAGCAUCAAGUCCAUCGCAGAUGCAGUUCCACCAAGCCCUGCCUGGACUGAAGACGUUCCCGCCUCGCCUGGCCCAGCUCCCGGAGGUAUGCCAGCAGUCGUCGCUGUGGCUGGUGUCCGUCCUAAUGGCCCACCUGCUGGUCCCAACAAUGUCCACCGUGUUCAACUUGAUUUCAACCCAUCCAUGGCUGACGAGCUUGGACUUCGCGCUGGUUCUCUGGUUAGGAUGCUCCAUGAGUAUGAUGAUGGAUGGGCGCUCUGCAUCAAUAUGGAUCGCUCUCAGCAAGGCGUCGUUCCUCGAACAUGUCUGUCUAAGCACCCCGUCAAGCCUCGCACUGGUCCGCCUCCUCAAGGUCCUCCGCAAGGGAUGCGCGGCCCUGUUAUGCGUCCGGCGAUGAGCCCCAGUGGCAUCCUUCCCCCGCAACCGCUCUCGCCCGCCAAUGGUCGCAUGUCCCCUGCUCCUCGCUCUAUGAGCCCCGGUCCGAAGCAGAUGUCUCCUCCUCAAGUGCAAGGAUCCCCACGUGCCCGAUCGAACAGCAAUGCUCAUUUCAGCGGCCCUCCACCUUCCAUGUCACCCGGUCCUCGCCAGAUGUCUCCUCGAAUGCAGGAGCCACCGCGCGGCCGAUCAAACAGCAAUGCACCAUACGCUGGACCUCCUAGGUCAAUGUCUCCCGGCCCAUACGGAGGUGGCCCCCACAUGGCCCCUCCGCCACAGAUGGGCCGUCCUCGAUCCAACUCCGCCAGCCAGGUUAUUGCACGUCGGGGUCCUGCGACUGGUCCCAGCCCCAUGAAUCCCAACCCUGCAGGCGCGUCUGUGCCCCGGAAACCAGUUCCCGGCAUGGCAAUGUAGUUUAUCCGUUAUGAGAGUUUCAUGAGGGAUAGCUAUGCGUAUAGUUUCUUUCAUUUGUGAUUUGCUUUCACGUCUACGUUUACAUUUCCG